AUGGAAAAGCGCUCCGAUAUGCUCCGGACUGAUAAAGAAAGUCCUCAGCGAAACGGAUCGGGAUGCGAACAAGAGCCACUUGCAGAAGCACUUCUUGGAGCUAGACAGGUAGCAGCAGCUGCUGCUGCUAGCUACAGAGCUCUCCAUCUCUCCAGCAAACUAACAAGUGAACCACCAUUCAUGAAUCUCUACGUACCUACAGCUCCAAUUGACCCCAUCGUAUCGUGGGCGCUGCCAAGGACUGGUCACCACGUGUACGACCUCAAUUGCUAA